UUCCUUCCUUCGAGUAAGGACACGAAAACUUGCGACCUGCCACUACCCGGCCCAAAGUUGUCCACUAGCAACGGGGUGCAACUGCAACCUGCUCCACCACCGAUUCCACCGAAGCCUUACCCCUUGAAGGACGAUAUCGAUCGAGCUCGGCGGGUGUCGCUCGUUCCGCGCCAAAUGUCGCAAAUCUCCGAUUUCUCGGUUGCAUCACAAAACUCACAGCACUCCUCAUCGCAGCAUCCGUCCGAGCUAAGCCGAAGCUCUUCACGUAACUCGUACAACUUGGAGGAUACGGACGGUCACUACCAUCCGGAAAUAUUUCGGAAAAUUUCUGAAACCAAAAUUAUUGAACCAGGCGUAAUCUCGGACAACGUAACGCAUUCACCCGAGACAACCCGACGGCCAGCAGCAUCUGCCCAUAAAACAGCGUCAUUGGACAGGUCAGGUAAGUCUGGAAUCCCGGUGACUCCAGCUGAUUCGAAACCGGUUUUUAAGCAUAGCAUUGAGCAGCCGUUGUCGCACAAAACCCAACAAAUGACGCGCCCGGUUCGAGCAUGUGCCAAACGUCCACCACCGUCCCACGCGAUCGAUUUGCAUUCCUGGGAAGGUAGCAAAAAGUUUGAGGAAUUCCUGCAACGUCACCAGGACGUGAGUGUGCCGGAACCGAAGGCGAAAAAGGUUCGAGACCCAAUGCGACACGUUACCAGUGCUAAUGAGCUGAAAGCAUUGGAUGGAAGUAAACGCAAGGGCAGCAUUCCGGGUGGAAACAUGCUACAAGAUCGAAAGAUGUUCAAUAGCUCAACGAAACUGACCCCGACCAUCGUUGUCAAUGAUGUCGAUGAUAGCCGAGAUAAUGAAGGUGCUACCAAUGCCGCAUUUCAUCUAAGCUCCAGCGAUGAAUCUACGGAUAUGUGAGAGAUGUCCUUGGUUUAUGUUCCCCUUGGUGGCUGAUCGCAGAACGCGGGUUACAUGGCAAAAGACGUAACAUAAUAGAAGACACGUGUUAGCUUAAACUGUUAUCUUGUUAUUUAAAUAAAUAGUUUAGUUAUUGAAA